AUGAGUUUCCCCGGUCACCACAUCACCCCGAAUCCGGAGGACCACGGCAGUGGUCCCUGGCCGAUAGACUCUAAGCGGCCCAUCUACGCUGCUCCGGUCCCUCAACCAUUCGUCUCAAUUGCCGCUCCUAGUUCUCACCUAGGCUUUAUUGUCCUAGGAGCUCAGCAGCAUACGGCCGGACAUUUUGGGAUAAGCCAAUAUGCGCCUUAUAUUAUCACACCUCUCGUAACGCCUCCUAACCUAAGAGUAGUAUAUAACGCGCGCGGAAGGAGCAGAGUCCCGCCUCAAGCUCACCACCAACAUCUAUUAUAUAUUAAUCCCAACUAUACCAACCCUACAUACUUACCUUCAGUUCUAGUUAUCGUAAAUACUACAGCCAUAGGAGCCACAGAACUAACAGUGGCCACGGGAGCCACAGGAGCCACGAAAAAUAUAAUAGGGCCUAAUAGAACUCUUCUUAUUCCACCUCCUAACCUAACUCAUCCAAGCUACGAACUCUCCCAGCCUAUAGCUAAGGCGAUGGAAAACUUUUCCAUUCCUCAUUGCUACAACUACCUACAAACUAAGGAUUUACUAAGAGACGAAAUAAAUAAGAAGGAACAGUAUUAA